GGAAGACAUGCUUUUGUACCUGGGGAGGAUUUUAGGGACGCACUCAUUCAGGAAGUUAGUCGACUACAGCGCGUUUUGGUUGUGUACAUGCGUAACCAACCGUCCUACGACAACUACACUCAUGCUGGAAUAAAGAUAAAGUCACUGUAGCUGCUUGAGAUGGCCACCACAGAGAAAGAAACCCCUGCUAAAAAGGCGGCAGCGCCAUCUGUGUCUCAGAUAAAUGCAGAAUAUGUCACACAGUUGGCUAAUAAAUAUUGGGCUCCGAAUGCAAAGAAUAAACUACCAUUUGACCCUAAGGUGAUGGAAGAUGUUUAUGACAAAGAGAUUCUCAAGUCAAAAUUUGCCAUCAGAAAAAUUAUGCUGCUUGAAUUCAGCCAAUACCUCGAAAACUACCUGUGGGUGAACUACUCUCCGGAUGUGUCCAGCAACGCCUAUCUUAUGUCCAUUUGUUGCAUCGUCAAUGAGAAAUUCAGAGAGAAUGUUCCAGCUUGGGAGGUGUUCAAGAAGGAGCCCAGCCAUUUCCCCUUCUUCUUCAAAUGUGUGAUGGAAGCUGUGUUGGCAGGCGAGGAGGCUGGCCUUACUCUGAAAGAACAAACUGUGCUCCUGGUCUUCCUGGACCACUGCUUCAACAGUCUGGAGGUGGAUUUGAUCAGAGAGCAGGUGCAGCAGCUCAUCUCUUUGCCUAUGUGGCUGUGCCUCAUACCAUCCAGACUCCAACAUGAGCUGAAGAAAGUUCCCAAGUUGCAGAAGUUUUGGAAUCUAAUCAAGAAGAAAUUUGAUAAGAUGGAUGCUGACGCAGCUGAGCAGGCAACCAAAGAGAGGACCUUUCUCUCAGCUCUCAUUAAAAAGUUUCUUGCAGUGCUCACAUCAAUUCCACCAACAGGGUCUGUAACCAUGGACAAAGUACAUUACUGCGAGAGAUUCAUUGAACUCAUGAUUGAUCUGGAGGCCCUGCUGCCCACCAGGCGCUGGUUCAACACUGUGCUGGAUGACUCCCAUUUGGUGGUCAGCUGUCACCUGUCCAGCCUCACCCACAGAGAGAAGGAGGGACACCUCUUCUGCCAGUUGCUGGACAUGUUGAAGUUCUACACUGGUUUUGAGAUCAACGACCAGACAGGAAAUGCCCUGACUCAGAAAGAGAUGACCACUUUACACUAUGACAGGAUCACCUCGCUGCAGAGGGCAGCCUUUGCUCAUUUCCCAGAGCUGCACGACUUUGCUUUGUCCAACGUAGCAGCAGUAGACACUCGAGAGUCCUUGACCAAACACUUUGGGCAUCUCAGUCCCAAUAUGCUCCACCAGGUGGCCUCAUAUCUGUGUCUGCUGCCAGAGCUGCCUGAAGGCCAAGAUACCACCAUUGAGAAAGAGGUUCUGCUUGAGUUGCUGGUGUCCCGUCAUGAGCGCAGAAUCUCUCAGAUUGAGCAACUUAACCAGAUGCCCCUUUAUCCAACAGAGAAGAUAAUCUGGGAUGAGAACAUUGUCCCAACAGAGUACUACUCAGGCGAAGGCUGCCUGGCUCUACCAAAGCUGAAUCUCCAGUUCCUGACCCUACAUGACUACCUGUUGAGGAACUUCAACCUCUUUCGACUAGAGUCCACCUAUGAAAUUAGACAGGACAUAGAAGAUGUAGUUUGGCGAAUGAAACCAUGGCAAUCAGAAUACGGAGGGGUGGUGUUUGGGGGCUGGGCUAGGAUGGCUCAGACGAUCACCUCUUUUUCCAUAGUAGAGGUUGCCAAGCCCAACAUUGGAGAGAGCUGGCCUGCCCGUGUUCGAGCCGAUGUCACCAUUAACCUCAAUGUACAAGAUCAUAUCAAGCAUGAGUGGGAAGGUCUGCGGAAGCACGACGUUUGCUUUCUGAUCACGGUGCGGCCCAACCUGCCCUACGGCACACGCUUCGACCGACGUCAGCCUUUUGUGGAGCAGACUGGCCUGGUGUACGUGAGAGGCUGCGAGGUGCAGGGUAUGCUGGAUGACAAGGGGCGCGUCAUUGAGGAAGGACCUGAACCAAAGCCGAAGCUGCGAGGAGACGCCAGAACGUUUCGUGUGUGGCUGGACCCGAACCAGUACCAGCAGGACAUGACCAGCAGUAUUCAGAGUGGAACUGAAGACCCAUACGAGACGUUCAACGUCAUCAUGAGACGCAAGCCCAAGGAGAAUAAUUUCAAGGCGGUGCUAGAGACCAUCAGAAACCUGAUGAACACAGAAUGUGUUGUCCCAGAUUGGCUUCAUGAUAUUAUCUUAGGCUAUGGCGACCCAGGCAGCGCCCACUAUUCCAAAAUGCCCAAUCAGAUCUCUACGUUGGACUUCAACGACACUUUUCUGUCCCUGGACCACUUGAGGUCGUGUUUCCCUGGUUGCACCAUAAAGGUCAUGGAGGAGAACCCUGAACUGCAAGUCCCCCCUUUCAGAAUCAAGUUUCCCAUUUCAAACAAAGCAGACAAAGGGAAGAAAAGGAAGGCUGAUGAGGAAAUGGAAGACAAAGAGGAAGACAUGACCCUACAUGUUGAACCCUAUGUCACCCCCAACCGUGGGCCAUAUCCCUACAACCAGCCAAAACGGAAUACAAUUCAGUUCACCCCAACACAAAUCGAAGCCAUCCGAGCCGGAAUGCAGCCAGGACUAACCAUGGUUGUGGGACCACCAGGUACCGGAAAGACAGAUGUUGCCGUUCAGAUCAUCUCAAACCUCUAUCACAACUUUCCUGAGCAGAGGACGCUCAUAGUCACACACUCUAACCAGGCUCUGAACCAGCUGUUUGAAAAGAUCAUGGCUCUAGACAUUGACGAACGCCACCUUCUGCGUCUGGGCCACGGAGAGGAAGAACUGGAGACUGAGAAGGACUUCAGCAGAUAUGGCAGGGUGAACUAUGUCCUAGCCAGAAGACUGGAGCUCCUCAGAGAGGUGGGAAGAUUACAGGAGAGCUUGGAUGUCCCAGGGGAUGUUUCUUACACCUGUGAGACUGCUGGACACUUUUACCUGUACCAGGUGAUAUCUCGCUGGGAGGAGUACAUGAGCAAAGUUAGGCCUAAACAGGGCAAGAAAAUGGAUGUGCAGGCGGUUGCUGCACACUUCCCCUUCCACAAGUACUUUUCCAAUGCUCCCCAGCCUGUGUUCAAGGGUCGGUCGUAUGAAGAGGACAUGGACAUCGCAGAGGGCUGCUAUCGCCACAUCAAGAAAAUAUUUACUCAGCUGGAGGAGUUCAGAGCCUUUGAGCUGCUGAGGAGUGGAUUGGACCGCUCCAAGUAUCUGCUGGUGAAGGAAGCAAAAAUCAUUGCCAUGACCUGCACACAUGCUGCACUCAAACGUCAUGACCUGGUGGAGCUAGGAUUUAAGUACGACAACAUCCUGAUGGAAGAAGCUGCACAGAUUCUGGAGAUCGAGACCUUCAUCCCUCUUUUGUUACAAAACCCAGAGGAUGGCUACAGCAGGCUGAAACGUUGGAUCAUGAUUGGAGACCAUCAUCAGUUACCUCCAGUCAUUAAGAACAUGGCCUUCCAGAAGUACUCCAACAUGGAGCAGUCUCUCUUCACCCGAUUUGUGCGCCUAGGGGUUCCCACCAUAGACCUGGAUGCACAGGGACGUGCACGUGCGAGCCUGUGUAAUCUGUACAACUGGCGCUACAAACACCUUGGUAACCUGCCUCAUGUCCAGCAACUUCCUGAGUUCCAGGUGCCCAACCCUGGCCUGACCUUUGACUUCCAGCUCGUUAAUGUGGAGGACUUCAAUGGGGUGGGAGAAUCUGAGCCCAACCCUUACUUUUACCAGAACCUGGCGGAGGCGGAGUACUCUGUGGCUCUCUACAUGUACAUGCGUCUGCUGGGCUACCCUGCUGACCGCAUCAGCAUCCUCACCACCUACAAUGGACAAAAACACCUGAUCAGAGAUGUCAUCAACCAACGCUGUGCUGGAAAUCCAUUCUUUGGCCAGCCCAACAAGGUUACAACAGUGGACAGGUUCCAGGGUCAGCAGAACGACUACAUCAUCCUCUCGCUGGUUCGCACCAAAGCUGUGGGACAUCUAAGGGAUGUGAGGCGUCUGGUGGUAGCCAUGUCAAGAGCCAGACUGGGUCUGUACAUCUUUGCACGCGUGUCACUGUUCCAGAACUGCUUCGAGCUGACUCCUGCCUUCAACCAGCUCACUGCCAGACCACUGCAGCUGCACAUCAGACCACACGAGUACUACAACCAGGAACAGCCUAGAGAUGCUUCUGGACAGCCAGACCAAAUCGUGAAGAACAUGCCAGAGAUGGCCAACCUGGUGUACAACAUGUACAUGCACAUGAUCCAGACCUCCCAGAAGUACAGACAGCAGCAACAGGAGAAACUGGCUCUGCCUCCACAACAGACCAAGACAGAUGCUGUGGUUGAGAAAGCACCUGCUAGCUCUCAGGAACCGCAGGAAGAAACCCCUAUGGAGCAGGAAACCCCAGAAGGUGACGCAAGCUCCGAGCCAAACUCAGAGGACACCAGUGAGAAGGAAGGAAACCAGGAUACAGUAGGCCACGCUAAGAUGCCAGAGCAUCCUGGCAGAGACAGCGACAGCGAUGAGGAGCAAGAGCAGUAGAGCAUCUAACAUGGGACUACUAUUGAGGGACCAAGUGGAAUCCCAUAAGAAAAAUACAGUGCAGAGUCAGUGAUUCUGAAUUAGUUUUCUACUGAAAGGAAAUCCUGAUAAUUAAUUUUUUCCUAAAACAUCAGAUUUUUUUGUUACCAUCAGUACUUUAUUAAAAAAAAAUAGAAAUCCUUUUAUUGUAUGCCGCAUGUUUAUUACAUUUAUAUACAGCCACCAGAGCUGAUAAUACUUUUCAAAAGACUCUAAUCUACACUACAUAUCUCGCUCACACGCACGCUCUAACAACUAGUAUCCAGUCAACACAUUAAAGCCUUGUUAGAAUCUCUCUGUCAUGAUACUUCCAUGCAUUCAUCUGCUUCCCUCCUCUGCAUUAAGCACAACUCAAAUCUGAUUGGCUCAGCCUAUACCAGCAACACAAGCCGCAACUAAGCUGCAUUUGUAGGUCAGUCACUUCACCCAAGGGCCAGUGUGCAUGCUGGGGGAUUUCAACUUGCCCUCUGGAUGUACACAGUCACUCAACCAGCCAAGCUUAAAUCCUCUGCCAUUCAUAAUUUUGUGUGAAAUAUGAACGGCAUAGCGCGGUUUGCAUCAGCUGGAUCAGUCUAAGGGUUGAGAUUUGAUGACUGAAUUUAAGGAGACAACAGGCGGCUUAAUAUUUGUUUUCAAAAUAGCUAUUUGAAAGCCAGAUCCCAACCAGGACUUCACAAUUUAAACAUAAAUUAAAUUAAUUAAAAUUAAGAGGUUAACACAGUCCACAACCCUACAGGCAAAAACACAGACUGGAAAUGAAUUCAUUAUCAUGCACCAGAGGUUAGUUGUUGUUACAUCAUACCUCAGGCAGGCUGAUGGAACAGGUCAGCUGCACAGCUGCUUGUGGUUGGGCCAGUAGGAAGACCUGAUGGAGAACCAUGUGUUGACGGAUGUGGAGAGACACAUUUUCUGCAGUCAGUCAAGUGUGGAGCCAUGCAAGGCCUUUUUUCCCCCCCAUCGUCUGAGUGCAGUGCACGGCAGGUCGAGGUUCACAUGAGUGUUUUGGAGUAGUAGGCUAUGCUUUUCUGUCGGCUGAGGAAAGGAUCAGAUGGAGAGGUUAGAUAAGAGAGAUUAUCUCUGUUGGCUGAGACUGCAACUUUGAAUUACUGGCAAAAGUUUUGACAACGAGCCAAAAAGACUGUGACCAACAUACAUAAUUAUAAAUGAAUGCAUAAUUUAUACUGUAUGAAUAAACAUUGCAAUGAAAGGGUUAAAUGUAACCAUGAGACAACGUGCUAAAUGUUCUACCACACCAUUAAGUAAGCCUCUAGAAACACAUGACAGCAAGCAUACUUUUACUUGAGUCACAUGAAUGUCUGCAUUGUGUAAUAUCCUCCGUGUGUUCAGCCUCUCAGUUAUCUUUCUGUCCUGUCUCAGCUGGUCUCAUGAGAAUUUACUUGCCUGUGGUACCUUGUUGAAGUAAUUUAGAGCUAACUAGUGGGAAGUGGCUACUGCUGGAACACAUCUUUUCUGGAAGCCUCAAGCAGGAUCUGGGAGACUUGCUACAAGCAAGAAGGACACCAGGCGCUCGCAUCCUCCAGAAGCUUUUCUCUGCUGAAGGUGAACAUGUCUUUUAUACUCACGCGACAGUCUAGAAUGGCCAACUGUGGGUCAUGUUUCUGGUGCAUCGUAUGGCUGGUGAUCCUGCUGUGCUUUGGCUGGCCCCUCGGCAUCACCUUAGGGGGUCUGUACGGCCUCAUCUGCCCCCUCACCACCUGCCUCGGCCUGGACCGACUCUCUGAUUUACUUCUGGAGGGAGCCAACCUGGGCCGUACCUGUGCCAAUAACAUGAGGCACGGCAAGCCCUUGUGUUGAGAUCCAUCCUGAGUGAUCAGGAUGAGACAACACAACAGCCAAAAGCAAGAUUUUCAGAAAAGGCUUCACUUCGAGGAAGACUGUUAUUGUCUAUUUCACGUGGAGAUAUCCCCAGAUGACUGGUGCUCAAAUAACUAAGAAACUUUCUAGCAACUUAUAUAAGAAAAAAGGUCUGGAAGGUCAGGAAAAUGGAUUCCACUCCUCCUGUUAACAUGUAAUUAACCGUGGAUUUCCAAUUUGCAUGGGUUUGUAAGGAGGAAAAUAGGCUUUGUGUUCAUGGUCUGUGUUUGCUGUUUAAUUCACGAUGACACUGCAUGAAGAAGAUAAGAAUGAAAAUGGCAAUUUAACAAUGGAAAUGUUUAGACUUGUAAAUGACUGUACGGGAACUUAUAAUGCGAUUAAAAACUGCUUUGAACUUGC